AUGGCGACGCAGGAGAUGAUGAGCCCCAUGCGCCGCAGGGCGCAGGAGCUGCCGCCGCGUACGCCCGGCAGCAUCCGCGUGGCGGGGGCCUCCAGCAUCCAGCCGAGCCCCAACCGGACGGAGGCGGCGGCAGCCAUGAUGCAUCUGCUCACGGGCAGCAACGGCGACGAGCAGGAGCCCAAGACGUGCCCCGCCCUCAAGCCAGCGAAGGCCAAGCGGCGAUACGUGCGCAAAGCCCCCAAGAAGGUCGGCACCUCGGCCAAGCGGCAGAUUAAGACGGCGUGGAUGGACUCGGACGCGGCGGCAGCAACGGGGAAGCCCUCGUGCAAGACGGACUCGAAGCCGGAGGACGGCGACAAGGACGCCAAGAACGGCGACUGGAGGAUGGACGGCGACGAGGUCAGGUUCUUCCCCUUCCGAGAAUACAACCGGAAGGACAAGUCGCUCGGGCUGCUGUGUGAGAACUUCCUGAAGCUGUACCGCGACGACAAGAUUGCCGAGAUCUGUCUCGAUCGAGCAGCGACGGAGUUGGGUGUUGAGAGGAGGCGGAUUUACGACAUUGUCAACAUCCUGGAGAGCAUUCAUCUCGUGAGCCGCAAGAGCAAGAACCUGUACAAUUGGCACGGGCUGGCGUCGCUCCCUACGUCUAUCGGUGCCAUGAAGCAACGCUAUGCUGAAAUGCACAAGUCGUCCCCCGGUGAUCGUCGGAGAGGGAAGUCACUGUCAAAGCUGAGUCAGAUGUUCGUCCAGCUCUUCCUCGGGAAGGAGGACUGCAUUAUCCCACUGGACCAAGCUGCCAAGCAGCUCAUCCAGAUGGAAGAUAGCGAAAACGAAGAAGACCGCCUUCUGAAGACCAAAAUCCGCCGACUGUACGACGUUGCCAAUGUUUUGGUAAGCGUCGGGCUGAUCGAGAAGCUCCAACUCUCCAACUCCCGGAAGCCGAAUGUGCGCGAUAACAAGCCGACUCAGCCUGGUCCGGACAACGCGGUUCGAGUAAAGUCGGAAACAAUGCCUCCUGCUGCCGACACGGAGGAUGCGGACGUCAUGAAAUCCCCCCAGUCGUGCGACAGCGAUAUGUUCGACGACGGCAGUGACUCCCAGUCCGACUCAAGCAGCUGCGGCUCGAAGCGAAAGCAGAGCGACCAAGACGCAAGCGACGUGAGCAUGUCAGAAGGUGAGUCUUCCUCAAAACGGAGUCGACUUAAUGAGAAGGGAUCGAAGCAACCGACGGAGGAGAAGAAAAUGCUGCUUCGAAUGGACGCCAACAACGAGCCUAUUCACCCGCAGACUAUCCUCCUCGAGCAGCAAGAGCAGCUCAAACAGUACAUGCAGCAGUACAUCCGCGAAUACGUCGACUACUUGGCAGCGCACCAGCAACUCGAUGGAGUCAAGACCACUGGUGGUCUAACGACUCCCUCCAAGCCCAACGGAUCAAGAGAUACCCACGGUACCCCGGUCACUCUACCUUCUUUGGCUGGGAGUAUCCAAGAUCUGCUGCUGUCCGAGAGCCCUCAGUCCGUAGCCGACAUCGUGGCAGCUCGACAGUACGACGCUCCACGGAAUCUCAUCAUGGCUCUGCAACCGCGGUCGCAGUCCUAG